AUGUCUGAUAAAAGUAAAGUCUCAUACUAUUUCACAAGAAAACCAGAAAUUCCAUUACAAGAAUUAUGUAAUGCACGUAACAAUUCAACUGUACAUCCAGAUAUUGUAAAUAUAAAUGAAACAGUUGUAUUGAAUAGAAGUAAUGGUGUUUCGAUCUGUUCAUCAACAAGUUCUAUUUUUCACGAUCAAAAUGAAAUCUGUCAAAGUCGUACUAGUGAAGAUUUAUUAACAGCGCCAACAACUGAUCGUUCUGAACCAUCAAUUCCUUUUAAAAUUGAUUCAUAG